AUGGAAAACACAGUCCCCCUUGAAAAUAAUCCAAAGAUUAACUCAGAAAUAUUAAAUAAGAUCAAUGUUAAUAAAAUUUAUUAUCAUAAAAUGAAUCAUCCAGAUGAACAAAUGAAGAAAGGCACAUGCAAAUAUCUUUUUUCUAUAGAAGAGAAUCACAAGUUCUUAGAACAUGAAAACGUUUUUAAGAAAAAAACAGAAUUAGAAAAAAUAGUAUAUCAACAAAUAAGGAAAUACACAAGAGAAAAAAAUAUAUAUGUAGUUUAUAUGAUAUACAAUUGUUCAUUUGAAAGAAUUGAAGUGUGGGGAGAAAAUAAUACAAAAAUAAAGAAUAUUAAAAUGGAAAAUAUUAAAAUGGAAAAUAUUAAAAUGGAAAAUAGUAAAAUGGAAAAUAGUAAAAUGGAAAAUAUUAAAAUGGAAAAUAUUAAGGUCAAAAAUAUUAAAGUCAAAAAUAUUAAAUUGAAAAAUAUUAAAGUAAAUAAUUUUAAAGUGAAUAAUUUUAAAGUGAAUAAUAUAAAAACAAAAAAUGCUGAUUAUAAAUAUAAUAACCAAAUUAGUAAUGUAGAUAUAAUAUGUCCUUAUAAAAAAAGAAGAAGAAGUUAUUAUUAUAUAUAUUGUCGUACAAAAAAAUAUUCUUUUCCAAGAAUAGAUAAUGUCUUUUUGAGUGUAGUAAGAAUGUGUCAGAAAAAGGAGGGAAAUCAUAUACAUUCCAAAAAAAAAAAUAAAUAUAAAUAUAUUCAUACUGUAAAUCUUAAAGAUUUUAUUAAUCAUAAAGUUGUUAAGAAUCAUCAAAAUGAUAUUCCCAAAAAUAUGAACGUUUUGCUUUUUGAUGAAGAGCACAGUAACACACUUAAAAAAGAUUUCGAAAUUAUAAGUAAGCAUGAUAAAAAAUAUAUCCAUCAAAUAGCUUAUCAUGAAUCAACAAAACCAGAAUAUAUAAACAUGAAUAAAUUACCAAUAAAUUAUGACAUACAAAAUAAAAUGAUAAUAAAAAAUGUAACAGGAGAAUUCACAUUAGAACAGCAUAAGAAAAAAAAAUGUAACUCUUGUUAUUAUUGUUUUUCAAAUGAAUGUAACCUGACCUAUUGUAAAUAUCGUCAUCACGAUGAACAUGAUGAUGAUUAUAUAAAUGAUAUGUAUAAAAAUAAAAUAAACCAUUUUAAUUCACGAGAACCUUUUUUUAAUAGAACAAAUAAUUACAAUGUAACAAAAACGUCAGGAAAAGCAUAUGAAGAGGCCUUUCCAAAAAAUCAAGAACAUAACAAAAAUGUUUUUAUGAGUAAUAACUGGGAUAAAAUAUAUAAUAAUAAUAAUAAUAAUAUUAAUACAAAUAAAAAAAAAAAAAUAAAAAAAAUAAAAAAUAAUAAUAAUAAUGAAGAGGGAGAUGAUGUCGAAUCUAUUUAUGCAAAUCAUAAUGUGUUAAAUAAUAUACCAUAUAGUAUAGAUAAACAUCAUAUAAAUACAUCAUUAAAUAUUAAUAAAAAUGAUGAUUUACAAGAAAACAUGUUGAUACAAAGUCAAAAUUAUUUCCCAAAAAUGUUCCAAUAUGAAAUUAAUGAAAGCGAAAGAUAUUUAACAUUUCAAACAUCAAGAAGUAUAUCACCUGAACAGGUAGAAGAUCAUGAUAAUGAUAUAAUAAAUAAACUCAAAUUUUCUAGUAUAGAUAAAAAGAAUACGCAAAAAGACCCACUAUUAUUAUAUUUACAAACAAAUUUUAUGAAAAAUGAAGAGGAAAAUUUAUCAACAAAUGGAAACAAUAAUACAAAGAAAAAUAUCUCCGACGAGGAUAAUAAACAUAAAAACAGUAAAAAAAAAAAGAAAAAAAAAAAACAUCAUAUGAAAGAUUGUAUGGAAACAAAAAUAAAAAAAGAUAUAGGAAAUGAUAACAGUAAUUUGGAAGGGAAUAUCAAUAAUCAAACAAAUAAACAAAUGGAUAAUCAAAGGUCAGAUCAUAUAACAGGACAAAUGCAAGAUAUAAUUGAAGACCAUAAAAAAUCUAUUAUGAUCCCUGAAAAUGUUACAAAAAAAAAAAAAAAUGAUUU